AUGGCCAGUUCGCAGUACUACAGAAGUGCCCACCACCCUCUUUCGCACUACCAGAAUUUCCCACACAACAGCCACGACCAAGCCUAUGCCAGUUUUAUAGGAACCUGGCAAGAUAGCAGCCACACUUCGUAUGUCGGCCCCUCGUCGGCCCCGUUACUCGACUACCCCCAAGCCGGGCUGAGCUCCGACUUCUCCAGAUCGCAGCAGCCUUCUUCUGCUCCAUCGGCGUGGAACGCUGGCUAUCCGCAACCAAGCACUCAGGAGUGGAACACGACCGUGAGCGAUCAAGUGAGCGACCAGAGCUUUGCGUCGCGCUUAAGUGCUCCCUAUGAUAUCGCUGAGGGGGGCGCCUCUGUGCAACACACAACCUCUAAUGCUGCGCGCCUGUACCCACAUCAGCAGCAUCAGCAGCAUCAGCAGCAUCAGAGCGAUCGGCAUCAUCACCAUCAUCACCAGGUACCGAUUGUGGCGCACGAGAAUCCCCUGUCCUCUCAUGAAGACGCUUUCAGGGACACAGAACGCUUUACUGCGUUGCGCAUCACCUCGGAAUCCCCUGCAACACCGGUAGACCCACCUUUCUCGGAUCACAUACAGAGGACACACUCACUCCCUCAUCCACCGCAUGCAGAGUCGCAACCGAGCGUAGACCACACGCAUGCGCUGCUGCAAGCGUCGUCUGAGUGGGGUACUCCAUCAAUCUCAGCGCCUACCGAACACCAACACUACACUUCUCAUCCCAGUAGUGGACUGUCAUCUGCCGUAAGUACUAUUGUGCCGGCUAACAUUCAGGACGCGCAGUGGUCGACGGCGAAUAUAGCUGGCAUAGUUCCCGCUCCUCCGAUCUAUGGUCACAUUCAAGCUCAGCAGCAACAAUGGCCACUUGUGCAAACCCGUCCGGACCAGAGUGUCUACGAGCAUGGGAGCGCUCAAGUCGAACAGUCUUCGGAGCCGUCGAUACAUAUGCAAGGCAAUCGACGAUCUGGAAGCAAGAAGAAAGCUGCAAAGGUCCCAUCGUCGUACGUCGAGAGACAAGAGAAGAUGAAAGUCUCAAAACGGAAGGGUCCCCUCGAGGAGAAACAACGAGAGAAAACACAUACCAUGCGCAAGACCAAAAGGAUAUGCGUCCGGUGCAGGUUCUACAAGUCAGGUUGUGACGAAGGCGAUCCAUGUCAGAAAUGCAACAAGAUUGAAGGACAUGCUCGAUCAUUUCGUGAGCCGUGCUACAGAGAACACCUGGAGGACACAAGCAUCAUUAGACGGUGCAACGGUCGCGAGCAACAAGAAGUAGCCGAGUUCUUGAGGUACGACUGGAAACCUGGAAGUCAGCUAUGGGAAAUGGACAUUCUGUGGAACCUGCCUGGCUAUGGCCGCAUACCAAACGCUCGACCCAUGCGUGUUGCGUUCCGCCCGUAUAGUCCAAGAAGAGGCUCACUUGAUACAGCAACUUCUGUAUGGUCUACUAGAGAAGGACAUGUCCGCGCAAUCGAGCAGCCCGCAUAUGCCAUCUACGAUACUGCCAACUUGGUAUCUGCUUUCGAGCGUUACUUCUCAAGCCUUCAGCCCCACAUCGAGGCGUGGAUCUUCGACCGCAUCCAACACGACGAGGUUGCCACACACACCUACCGAGAAGUGUUCCGCAUGCGGAGCGUCCAUGGUUCACGGGCUCUGGACCUGGCCAUGCGGCUGCAGUGCCUCUCGGUCGUUUCUCAGGGCUAUGGCACGGUUUGGUCAGACGACAUCCCAGGCAUACAAGAGUACGAUUACCGCCAUCUGGGAAGCAGCGAUUAUGAAGCCUAUGACCGAAACUCUCGCGACCGACCUCUGCCUGGCGCCAUCACACACCAGAUGGACGUUGCCGCUGUCAAAUACUUGCGCAAGCUGGAAAAACUGUUUGUUAAGGAGUUGGCCUCUCUGAUCUUCAAACCCAAAAUCAAACCAUGGUAUGAGCUUUUCCUCACCUUCUACGUGAUUUUCUGGAAUCUCGAAUACAUCAACAAAGGAGCAAAAGGAUACAUGAAAGCCAAAAACGGCACGCUCAUUGAACAUCAAGUCAACAACGUCGUCAACAACCAAGUCAAGAAAUGGGAAUUCGCAUUCCCAGUGCUCCUGUAUCACUGGCGCUGCACAUUACGCGGCUACUCGCCCUUCAAGCUAGCACGUGACAACCCGGAAGAGUUGCGUGCGCGUGGACAUAUAGACGCUGAAGGGUUUGCCUACGUUACGGAGAUGACGCAAAUCUUCGACAGACCUAGCCCCGACCAAUUCCAGCCGCCACUUACCGGAUUCGCUGCAACGCAUCAUUCGUAUGCAAGCGAAUGGAUCACGAAGCUGUUCAAAGAGGCUGGAGCGUAA